UAUUGCCAUGGGGAAGAGUACCAUACGGAGAGCAGCAGGGGCUCGGACUUGUCUGACAUUAUGGAGGAAGACGAGGAAGAGCUGUACUCCGAAAUGCAGCUGGAGGAUGGAGGAAGACGAAGAGUCAGCGUGACUUCACACAACGCGCUCAAGGAGUGCGAUAAGAAUAAGACCACUGAAGCCACUUUUUUGGAACAGCCUGACUUUUCACAGCAAAAACAUCACAGUAAAAAGCUUUUCAGUAUUCCAGAAGUAGCUGAAGAAGAUGGUGAAUACUCUGAGCUGCUGUACAAGCAGGGUUUAGGUGUGCCCUAUAGAAAGAACCCCAUCAUAGCUAGAGAUGCUAGAGCACCUAGGCACUACAAUCAAGACCAGCACAACUUCUGGUACCCAGCCAAACACAGACUUGCAGGUAUGGAGGAUUUUGCUUCAGACGACAAAGGAUGCAAAUACAGUCGAUCCUUAUCAAGAAGCCCAGACAGCGGAUUAGACUGUGGAAGUGAAGAAGAAGAAUCUCGCUUUAAUUUCAGAUACACUUGCAACUCAGUUUCUGCCAACGUUGCCUCUAGCUGUUGUGCAGAGACUGCUCCCUGUUCCUGCAGGAAGAGCAUGAGGCCGUUGCUUGCUCGCAGGAAAACCUUAACCAGGCAAAGCAGCAUCGAGGAAGAUUUUGGUGACCUGGGGCCUUCCUUUGGAGAGCCCAGGAGUGAACAGGUCAAGUCCAGUUACGAGAAAAAGUACGAGACUCAGAAAUGUGCUAGAACAGAUAAUUUGUCUAAUGAAGAUGUGCAGGGAGGCUGGAAGACCGACUUUAAGGCUGACUCUAGGGCAUCUGGUCCACUUGCAAAGUCAUCCCACAGAGAUGCUGAAGACUCUCUGCUUUUAGGUAAUCCAUCAGCUGCAGGACGGCCUGACAGGGUGGAGCAUGCGGGGCGGAGGUCCUCUCAUGGCAGUGCAGUGCCACAAAGGUCUCGACCAAUGUUGGUCCCUUCCAUUGAAAUUACAAUGGACAGUAACAGUGAAGGCGGUCAGUCUCGGUCAGGUAGUGAGGGAAAUAUUUCACCUGUAAAAGAAGAAGCUUAUUAUCGCAGCAUUGGACACAAGAAAUGGCCUCAGCAGCGUACCAUGGCCUCUGAAUAUAGAUACGAUGGCUAUGGUCAUGACCAUCUUUCUCCAGAUAUUUAUGAAGAAUCAGAAACAGAUCCUGGCACAGAGGAUAUUUCUACUCGAAUAUUUGUUGCGCUCUUCGACUACGAUCCAUUGACCAUGUCCCCAAACCCUGAUGCUGCGGAAGAAGAGUUGCCAUUUAAAGAAGGACAGAUCAUUAAGGUUUAUGGGGACAAAGAUGCUGAUGGAUUCUAUCGAGGUGAAACCUGUACAAGAAUUGGCCUUAUCCCAUGUAAUAUGGUCUCUGAGAUCCAAGCAGAUGAUGAAGAGAUGAUGGACCAGCUUCUAAAACAAGGUUUUCUUCCUUUGAACACGCCAGUUGAGAAAAUAGAAAGGAACAGGCGGAGUGGCCGGCAGCACCCGGUUUCUACAAGGAGGAUGGUGGCGCUCUAUGAUUAUGAUCCGAGGGAAAGUUCUCCCAACGUCGAUGUAGAGGCUGAGCUUACCUUCUGCACAGGGGACAUUAUCACCGUCUUCGGUGAGAUUGAUGAAGAUGGAUUUUACUACGGUGAACUUAAUGGACAAAAGGGGCUGGUUCCUUCCAACUUUCUUGAAGAAGUGCCUGAUGAUGUUGAAGUCUAUCUGUCCGAUGCACCCUCACGAUAUGUUCAAGACACACCGAUGCGUACGAAAGCAAAAAGGGUUCCUCCUGAGAAUACAGGUACACCAAGGAGAGCACCAUCCCCCACAGUCCAUCUCCAUUCUGGGUCACCUACGUCAUCUGUGGGUUCUGGUAGUCCCGGGAGAGGCAGGGAUAUGUCCUCGAAAAAGAAAAAGGGGCUGCUUUCCAAAGGCAAGAAACUGCUGAAAAAGCUUGGUGCAGUGAAAUGAGUCAUGUACUCCUGGACAACUUGUAAAGCUUCCACUCUGUGUAUUUUUUUAUUUUUUUUAAUCAUCAAAACUAGGGCUUUCAUGACUAUGCAGUGCACCUUA